UAUACUUAGACGAUAAGACGAUGAAACGAACUAAAAUUGUGAAAUCAGAAAUAGAUAAAAAUUUAAAGCACGUUUUUAAGUAUUUUUUUUGGUAAAAAUUGUAGAAUUUUGAGUUUUUGACGAGCAUUUUCAAUUAUUUUGCGUGUGAAGUUGACAGAUUCAUUUGAAAUUUUCUUUCUGCACUCAAAUAGUGUAAUUCAAGCUAGAUUUUGUCAUCUUUAAAGAUGGUUGACGAAGAAGCUAUGGACGAAGAUAACGAACCGAAAAGGUUAAGAAACUUCAAACUUGAAAAUGAAGAUCACACAUUAGGAACACUUCUCGCUUACAUCUUAGAUAAAAUGCCCGAGACCGAAUUCUGCGCUUACACCAUUAGACACCCGACUGAAAACGUGCUAUACGUCAGAUUGAAAGUAAAACCAGGCUAUAAUGUUACCGAAGUAUUCAAAAAAGGAAUUUCCGAACUUAAAAAAGCUUUGGACGUAGUCGAAAAAAAAUUCACUCAAGCUUUUGACUCGUAUACGGAGACAAAAAGUUGAUCGUUCCGAGUCUCGAAUAUUGGAUGAAUUGAAGAGUGAAUGUUUCACGUGCACCAAGUCGAUUUGAGGUUCGUAUUUUUGACCGUGCUGUUUUCUGCAAUUCGCAGAUCGUUAAAUUUUACUGCGAACAAUUGUCGUAUUCGUUAAAAUUGAUCAUAAAUUGUUUUAUCGUUAUUAUUGAUAGAUUAAUUGUCCAUUUGUCCCACUCAUUUAUUGGAUUUGAUACCGAAAAUGAAAAUAUAAUUACCUAGUACGAAAUAAAAGAUGUAUUAAAUGUAAA